CUUCUUCGCGUGAGAGAGAAACUGCAAGAAUAGACGUAGAAAGGAUAUUAUUAUUUUCAUUUUUUCACGAUGAUGAAGCUAUGAUAAAAGCUGUCAUGAUAUAAACAUAAUAUAUUUACAUAAUACAUUAACAUAAUAUAUUUACAUUAUGGAAGCAGUCUAUACUUUCUAUAUUUAUAGCAGAGUUUAGAGAGAGAUCCAAUAAUAUGGGAGAACGCACAAAGGAGGAGUUUAGUUUACAGAAAAACAGCUGAUCUAGAAUAAAGAGAUUCUAACUAUGGAAGCUUUAAAGCCAGUUUAAGUCAUUUUUUCAUUAUGUUGCAUUAUGUUUCUGUACCUACUUACCUGAGUGUCAACAUGUAAUCAACAUUUGUUGAUAUAAUCAAGUGUGAGAGUAAUAUAUUUAAAUACUAAUAAAAAAAUAAAAAAUAAAACUAAUUAGAAUUAUUUUAUUGAAACUUAUCGUUAUUCAGAAAUUUUCAACAUUGAUAUAAUUUGAAAAUUAUUAUUUAUAAGAAAGUAAUAAGAAGAUAUUAUUAAUAAGAAAAACUAAUUUUGCACAAAGAUGGCAAAUCCUUCAAUGAACACGGGACAGACGUACUAUUGGAAUCAGGAGCAUAUGAAGUAUUAUCCAAUGCCUCCAGUGUCAAAUUUUCCACCGCCUAAUUAUAAUCAACCACCGAAUUAUAACUUUUCAUACAAUGUACCUCCUCCUAAUGUAUCGAACGUUAAAUCAACAAACUCGAUGUAUCAGCCUAUGUAUCAUGAUGGAGCAACUAAUUUUCACAACAAUGUUCCUUACCAGAAUCAAACAGAUCCACAAUAUAAUAAUCAAUAUUAUGACAAAACAGAAUCUGCACAACAAUAUGUGAAUGAAAAUUAUGCAAAUUGGGAUAGAAACUCUAGAGACAUGUAUAAUAAUAGUGCUGGUAACUUAUGGCAUUCUAAUGACUCUACCACAAAUUGGACAUCAAAUCCAUCAUAUCAAAAUACAUCUACUUCUGGCUAUGAUACGAGUAAGACGUAUAACGAUAAUGAGAGACUAUGCUUGACGCAAAGGUAUGAACCAACGCAAAGAAUAAAAGAACCCGAAUGGAACUACGACAAUAGAGAAACCUUGCCUAAUCGUAGCAUUAGCAAACAUAGAUCUAGAAGUCCAGAAAGUAGGUCGGAGAAAGUAUAUAGAUCACGAUAUGAUGAUCACAGGGACAGAUAUCGUCAACACAGCAAGGGAAUGUCUAAUUUACGAGAGUCCACAUAUGACAGUGGAUAUUUUGAGAGAAGGUCUUCAUAUAAGAGGCACGAAAGUUAUACGUCUCGUUCAGAGGGAUCGUAUACAAGAAAUAGAAGUAGAAAGAGAUCAAAAUCACGGGAAUCUCGUUCGACCCGAGAUACAACGCCAAUCAAUGCUAAACGAACGAAAGGUCCCACUGAAAGAGAGUUACUUUUAGAAAAAUAUAGACGGAAUUAUUGUGCAACAAGUAAAGACAUUGAGCGAAAAUUGAACGAAUUAUCAGCAAUGGGAUCAGAAGGCAUUCUUGAAAGCGAGAAAAAAAUUUGGACUCGCACAGCACCAGCGGAUCUUUACUAUUUCAGAGACGAGAAUAAUCCAAAGAUAAUGAAAAGUACUGUUAAACUACAGGAAUUAUGUAUGACUUUUAAGAGAUUAUUAAUUGACAGAGCAACUGAAGCAAGAGCGUUGCAGCCACCCUAUGAACCACCUCCGCGAAAAACUAGAGCACGUCUUUGUCGUCAUAAAUCUGAAGCUUGCAGUAGCUCUUCAUCUGAUAGUGAUAGCUCUAUGGAUGAGGAUGAUAGAACAAUGGAAGAGUUAAUGGCAAAAAAACAGCAUCCACAGAGAUUGCAUCCUGAAAUGUGGUUUAAUGAUCCUGGAGAGAUGAAUGAUGGUCCAUUAUGCAGAUGUAGCGCGAAAUCACGGCGAUCAGGAAUAAGACAUGGAAUUUAUGCUGGAGAAGGUGCAAUAAAUAAGUGUGAUUUAAAUACAAAUAAUGCUGACAAAUUAUAUCACUAUAGAAUAACAAUCAGUCCACCGACUAAUUUCCUGACCAAGACACCGACGAUUAUCAAACACGAUGAACAUGAAUUUAUAUUCGAAGGAUUUUCUAUGCUGUCUCAUUUCCCGCUAGUCAAAUUACCCACUUGUAAAGUUAUACGAUUUAAUAUUGAAUAUACAAUCCUCUAUAUAGAAGAGAAAUUACCAGAAAAUUUCACGAUACAGGAACUUGAUUAUUUUCAGAUUUAUCUAUUCAAAGAAAUUUUGGAGCUCGUAGAUUUCGAUCUGCACGCGGCACAGGACAAAUCCGGCUGUGGACAAUUCCAUUUUAUGCCAAGAUUUGUACGUGAUUUGGCUGAUAACGGUCAAGAAAUCUUGUCGAUGAACGAAGUUCUAAAUUAUUUGAUAAAGAGCAGUACUCUUCUAAUAGAUCCAGACGAUCUACCUAGAUUGGUGGCAAUGCCGCAAUAUAAAUGGCAAGAUUUCGCGGACGAAGUAAAGGGAAUGGUUGUAACUUAUCCGGGGAAGAAACCAUGUAGUGUUCGUGUCGAUCAGCUGGAUAGAAAUCAAGUGGACCAGCCACCCGGCGUGAUUGCUUAUCCCGAGAUAGUACAUUUUGGUAUCCGCCCACCGCAACUUAGCUAUGCUGGAAAUGCAGAUUAUCAAAAAGCAUGGAGAGAUUAUGUGAAAUUUCGACAUCUACUUGCGAAUAUGUCGAAACCCUCCUUCGAGGAUAAAAGAAAGUUAGAAGCAAAAGAAAACAAACUGCAAGAGUUACGUACUCAGAGCAAGAUGAAGCGCGACGUGACAGUCGAUGUCAGCUCCGAGGGAUUUUACAGAACCGGCAUUAUGUGUGAUAUUGUGCAGCAUGCAAUGCUGAUACCAGUACUUGUCUGUCAUCUGCGGUUUCAUAAGUCCUUGGAUAAUCUGGAACGUACGUUGGGUUAUGAGUUUAAAAACAGAUAUUUGCUCCAACUGGCUCUUACACAUCCCAGCUAUCGCGAGAACUUUGGCACGAAUCCGGAUCAUGCACGAAAUUCUCUGACAAAUUGCGGUAUAAGGCAACCCGAGUAUGGCGAUCGCAGAAUCCACUAUAUGAAUACGCGAAAACGCGGCAUCAAUACCUUGAUAAACAUAAUGUCCAGAUUCGGUGCGAAAACGGAAACGGAAUCAUCCAUAGCGCAUAACGAACGGCUGGAAUUUCUGGGCGACGCAGUCGUCGAGUUUCUCACAUCCAUCCAUCUCUUUCAUAUGUUUCCCGAUCUGGAAGAAGGCGGUUUAGCUACUUACAGGGCGGCGAUUGUGCAAAAUCAGCAUCUCGCCGUAUUGGCGAAGAAAUUGAGUCUUGAAGAGUACAUGCUCUACGCACACGGUAGCGAUCUCUGUCAUGAUCUAGAGCUGAGGCAUGCAAUGGCAAAUUGUUUCGAAGCGUUGAUGGGUUCGCUCUUUCUUGACGGAGGGAUAGAAGUGGCCGAUCGAGUUUUCGGAGAGACGCUCUUCAAAGGUGAGGAAAAUCUUGGCAAAGUUUGGGUUAACUAUCCGCGGCAUCCUCUUCAGGAACAGGAACCGACAGGAGAUAGACAAUGGAUUCCCAGUUUCGAAUUGCUACAGAAACUGACAAAGUUCGAAGAAUCAAUAGGAAUAGAAUUCACUCACAUCCGUCUCCUUGCUAGAGCGUUCACAGAUCGUAGUAUAGGAUAUACCAAUUUGACAUUGGGAUCUAAUCAACGAUUAGAAUUCCUUGGGGACACGGUGCUGCAACUUAUCGUUUCUGAAUACUUGUACAAAUUCUUUCCGGAACAUCACGAGGGACAUUUAUCGUUAUUGCGAAGCUCACUCGUAAAUAAUAAAACACAAGCAGUCGUUUGUGACGAUCUUGGUAUGACUCAAUACGCCCUUUAUGGGAAUCCGAAAGCCGAAUUAAAAACUAAAGACAGAGCAGAUUUAUUAGAGGCUUUCCUCGGGGCGCUUUAUGUUGAUAAAGGUUUAAAAUAUUGUCACGUCUUUUGUGAUGUAUGCUUCUUCCCACGUUUACAAGACUUUAUCAUGAAUCAAGACUGGAAUGAUCCAAAGAGCAAGCUGCAACAAUGCUGCUUAACUUUGAGAACUAUGGACGGUGGGGAGCCAGACAUUCCUGUAUACAAAGUCAUCGAAUGUAAAGGACCAACUAAUACAAGGGUUUAUACAGUCGCUGUGUAUUUCCAAGGGAAGCGGCUAGCUAAGGCUUCAGGACAUAGUAUCCAAGAAGCAGAAAUGAAUUCUGCUAAAGAAGCUCUAGAAAAAUCUCAAGAUUUAUUCCCACAACUAGACCAUCAAAAACGUGUAAUAGCAAAAAGCAUGAAAAUGCAGCAAUGGCCAAAUAAACAGAAACCAAGAGGAAAAUCGUUAAGGUCCAGUGAGAGAUCUGACGAUUCUGACUCGAGUCAAAAUCGGAGGAGAAGUCAUAGUAGAGAAAGCAAUACUUCAAAGAAAAGAGAAAUCUAAUUGUUCUUUACUUUAUAUAGUUCUUAUAAAAAUAAAUCAUGACUUUUAUUUCCACAGAUAGAAAUGCAAACAAAA